AUGCAGCUCAUCCAGCUUGGUACUGCCUUUUACCUCCUGGCUUCGGCCAGUGGUUUGGCACUCAGACCUCAUACCCGAGCCCUCACGCCUUCGUCCAGGCACAACACCUCACUCGUUUCGCAGGCCUUUCGCCAAAACCUGAAGGGUAGUAUUGGCAAUGUCUCACUUGGUUUGGUAAACCUAGCUGUGACCCCUGCCCAGAAUAGCCAGGGGCUUUGGACCACAGCUCAAUGUGACCAGAACUCUAUUGACGAUGCUACUGUCGAUUUCGCAGAUCGAUGGGCUGCGGCAGACGUCUCAGGAGCCUGGAAUGACAUGCUUAAUGAAUGGAAUAGUGGAUCUCAGAACAAUCUGUAUCGUGGCCUUGCAUUCUCGCAGUUCGCCAGUUACUACUUCCAAGGGCCCGACCAGUGGAACUGUCAAGAUAUCGGUAGCGUCCCAUGCUCUACCACUGUCCAGUGCAAGGACGUCAAUCACCCAGCAGGGUAUGGUUUCUGCCACCAGCUUCUCCCUGACAUUGUUACAGUCGUGCUAACAGCAGAGUAG